AUGGACGACGCAGAAGAGCCCCCGCCGGAUCCGAUGCCUUCGUUGUAAUUUAUUUUUUCUUUCUUCAAUCGACAAAAUUCAAAAAAACCGUCAGAGAGUAAAAAAGAUAACUCAAUUUUGGAGAGUCAGAAAUAGUUUUGAAUUUAGCGAAAUAUGUUUUGAUACCGACAGAGAUUGCUCGAAAAGAAGAACACGAGAUAGUUGUGAGUUAUAUUGCGGUUUCAAAGAUCAUAUCUAUUGGAAUUUUUUAAACGACUUUAAUCGUCCUCUUCCUAACCGGGAUCUAUUUGAAGAACCAUCAAGCCGAUGAAAAUACCUUUUUUGGAAAAGUAGGAUAAAGAGAGCUUGAAGGAAACUUUCGCACCUUUUUUUUAGGAACUUAAGGUCUUUUAAAGAAUGCUUGGACUGCGCUAAAGAUAAGUUCCUAGGGGUGAUAGAAAAGCUAUGUCGUUGGCGAUAUAUUGACGACCUCGCAAAAGUGCCGUUUUUCUAGCCGUGCCGGUCUUGCAUUUUCAUUUGCGCGAUCUCGCAUUUUCGAAUUUUCAAGCUCUUCAAGGGCUUAAGAAAAACGGGAUAAAUGCGAUGUCGUGCCUGGAAAAAAUUUGAGUUCGGGGUGAGGACGAAGCGUGAUGUUAGCGAUAUCGCCAAUGUGCCGCCAUCUGCCUUGUUUUUCUUUCGCGGAUAGACAGUUAUCUUUAUUAAAGGCCGACGUUUGAGCCAUUCCAAGUGCGGACAUGACUUUUAUGAAUCAAAAAUGAUCCGCGCGAGACCGCCACGUUUUGAAAGCUUCAAGAGUUUUUGCAAUUUCGUUCUAGAAAACUGUGAAAGAAAGGGCUAGUAGCAAAGGUCUUGACGCGUAGUUUGCCCGAAUUUUUUGUAUACGGUCUUUUUUGGGACAAGGGACAAGAUGACGUGGAAAGGAAUAUACAUGAUUUUAGGGAAUGCCAUUGUCUGCUGCAGGACUUGGACUGGCACAAGUUGAUCCUGCUGCUGAACGGACAUCCGGCGGCUCGUGGGACGGCUCUACUGCUCCAAGCCAUUCGACAAGUAUAAUCAUAUCAUUUUCAAAAAAAUUUUCAUCAAUCAAUCAAACAGUUUUUUUUAAACAAUCCAGUUUUUACGAAAUGAGAAUUGGAUCUUUUUUUGACAGGGCAAGGAAUUUUAUUUUCACUUUUUUCAAAAUGAAAAUUGAACAAUUUUCGACGGAACUUUAUUGGUGGUAUGAAAAAAAGACCAGCAAAAAUUUAAAAAGCGACUUUUCCGAUUUUUUCAUAUCGCUAGGGAAAUUUCCAACGGAUCCCUUUCCGACUUUUUCCCGCAUAUUUUUCGGUUUAUAAUAAUCUAUUAACAUUUUUUUUCUAUUUCUUUGUGUUUUAAUCAUGAAUAAACCACCUACUUUAUAUAGAACGAUUCAAAACGAAAAGUUCAUCGACAAAAAAAAUCGGAAAAAGAUUCGGCGGAAAGGUGGCCGUCGGAAAGUUCCCUAGCGAUAUGAGUAAAUCGGAAAAGUCGCCGUUUGAAUUUUCGCUGGUCUUUUUACCACCACUUUAUUGAUAAUCCUGUUACAAGGAUAAUACUUAUUUCGGUUGGAACUUGUGAAAGAACUGACUAGUAUUGUUAGGUAACAACAAAAAAAAAACCAAGGGAGAGUUUAAAGAAAAUAAAAGGGAAGUUUGACAAAUUGGGGAGUUAAAAUAACGCAUUUUUUGAAAUUUAGAAGAAUUUUCGGCUUACUUUGGUUAUUAAACUCGAAGAGGCUUCUGGGAAUUCUUUUGAGAAGACUUUCCACGAAAUAGCAUUUUUUUGGGAUUUUUUUAUCUUGUUCAAAUGUUGUGCGUGAUACAGUAACUUCGCUUUGUUUAAAGCAUCAUUUUCAGAUUUGUAAGAAAUUUUAAGGUUUUUUUCAUGAAAAACGUGAGAAACGAUAUGAUUCAGUUUUUUUGAGCUUUUAAGCUAUGCAAUAUUUCCUUUUUUUCGAAGUUUUUUUAAAAGCUUUGGAAAUACACAGGGCUCAAAACAGGUCAAAAUUUGUAUUUAUUGCCUUGCAAAAAAUAAUAAAUAAUAUUUUUUUCUCGGCGUUUAAAUUUUUUUAUUCAAUCAUGGUCUUUUGAAAAGAUAUUAGUUAAAAACUCGUUGAUUUCAGUUUAAAAAUAAGUUAAGGCAACAGAUUCUAAUCAUUUUCCGAAAAUUUUAUUUUAUUCAAAAAUAGAAAAAUUAGGGCUUUUUGGAAUAUACUUAAAAAUAAUACGAUUCUGAAGUAAAUUGAUAAAAUUGCAGCAAAUGUCUGUGGCCAGCGUCCAAGACUAUGCGAAAAAUGCGCUCGAUUGGAUCAUCGAAAAUGACGUUUUGACACUGAAAAUGAAGAAAAAUGUGAGUUUCUACAGGUUUUCUUGGAAACUCACCGAAAAAUCAAGAAGAAACCCCUUGAAAAUGAGAUUAAUUUGAAAUUAAGUCGGUGGUCCGACGCGUUCUGCAAGCGGAGGGCGUCGACUCCCGUGAACAAAUGGCCCGUCUCAUCAACACAAUGGCGAGCUACCCACGCGGCAGGCAGUAUUUCACCAGUGAGUCUCUUCCCAUCGUAGCCUCGAUAGCUCAGUUGGGAGAGCGUUAGACUGAAGAUCUAAAGGUCACCAGUUCGAUCCUGGUUCGGGGCAUUUCUUUUUUGCCGUUUUUGUUUUUGAUCUUGAUUGUAUUCCAAAUCAUUUGAAGUCUUUACCGAUGCAUGUUUUUGGAUUAGAGAGCUGGAAAAUGGCUUGGGAAGGGUUGAAUCACUUAUAAGGAAAGAUUGCAAAAUAAGAUAUAUUUUUGUGUGAAGUUUAUUUUUAAUUAAAAAGGCUGGAAAAAAUGCUUGCAAGGGGGGUUUUUUUUUAUUGGAUUGGAGCUUGUUUUGAAUAAUUUCUGCUUUUUUUAACAAUGUAAAAUGCUGGAAAAUGAGCCUUUUUUCUGGAAAAAAAAUAAAAUUUCUUCCUCUUGCAGGUUAGUAAGUCAAAGUUAUUGAAUUCACGCGGCUAAAAAUAAAAGAAACAACUGUUUGAUUUUCUUAGAUGCAGUUCCUCAAACUCAGAGAAUUUCAGCUCAUUUUGAGUGUUUUCAAACAUUUUUCCGAUUUAAACGCUGAGAAUAAGUCUAAGAGCUUUCCUCUUUAGUUUUGCGGAAAUUAAAUCAAGCUAUUUUUGCAGCUCAUCUGAAGUCAUUUUUGCCUUGCGUCGUUGCGAUUCUCCGUGGGAAAAGAUUGCCUUCUACGACUCACGAUCAGUUAAUCGCUUGUAUCCAAAAAAUGAGCGUCAGGUUCUCGAAAAACUUGAUUUUGGAGCUAAAAAUCAUUUUUCUAGACAAAGCGCCCAGAAAGAAUUGCUCCAGUGCGGGAUGUUGGAAUGGGCGAUCGCUCAUUUCGAGCAAAAAUUGAACAACUAUGCUCUGGAAUACCUAUCCGCCCUUUUCAUCAACCUUUCGACGAAUGUAACUAGAAAACAAUUUACGCUGAUUAUUUUGUAAUUCCAGCACCUCAGCCAUCCGAUGAUCAUGAGAUACGCGGAUUCGAUCGCCGCCGCCGUCAUCAGCGUUUUGAAUCGGGGAAGUCAUGGGGUCGGUUUUUACAGGUCAAAAAGGCUAUUAGACAACUUUUACGGAUUCACGGAAUCUACGGAAACCGUCUCGAAAUUUUUAGAGGUUCUAAAAUGGCGUAAAUGUGUUCGUAGAGUUUCUGUGCUUCUCCAUAACUGAAGUUAUCAAAUUCUUCAGCUUCACCCAAUAUAUUCAUUAAAUUCUUCUUUGAAAAAUAAUGAAAAAAAAUGUUUAGGACUUUUUGACAGAUUUACGCGAAGCCUCCAAAAUUUUUCAGAAGAAAAGACACUUUUCCCCACAUUUUUUCAAAGUUUGAACCGUUUCUGAUUCACUUGCGAAAACGCUGAAAGAUUUUCAAUUUUUGGACUAGUUCAAAAAUUCUGAACAAAAACUUUCUCUUUGAGCCAAUUUUUGAAGUCUGGAAUGGCUGUGCGUUAAAAUACUUUCAUGGUCAGUAUGGUCUGUGUGCCACGACUUGAAAUUUCACGGAACGGCAUUCCGCUGUUCCGCUGCGUGCGUUCGCGAAGCGUCUUUCGAAUCUAGGUCACGCUUUCAAUUGAUUGUUAUUGCUGUGGAAGCAAAUGAAAGCAGAGUAUCUUAAUAAAAGAAAGAAAAAAUUAAAAGCGCGACCAAGGUUCGCAAAGGCGCACAGCGGAAUGUCGUUCCGUGAAAUUUCAAGUCGUGGCACACAGACUAUACUGUACAUUCCUUUUAAGGCUCAUGAAGGUAGUGUUGGCAACAUUAAACAUUUUUAACUCUAGAAGUUGAUACUGGCGUUGACUUAGGAAGAUUUGGGAGAAGGUAUUGGCUUGUUUUGAAAGAAUCUUCCCAUGUAUCUGCUGAACUGGUCCUAAAUGUUAAAUGAAACUCUUCAGGCGGCUUGUUCGAUCAACAACACGUUCGUGUUGGCGAGCUUGAACUGUAGUCGAGUCAGGCUGCGGGCCAGGGAAACCCGGCUCUACGAGGCCCUGAAGUACCGGACUGAAGGCCGACGGAGUUGUCCGCUUUGCAAUCUUCAUGUACCUUAUCUCCUGGCUGUCAUCACUAACGGUACGCUCAAUUUAUCAAGUAAUUGGGUUUGACUUCAAAAAACACAGGGAGAAUUCGUGAAAAGUUGAAAAAAGCAUCAUUCAUUUUUCUCGGCUUGAAGCGCGGCAUUUUCAGCUCAAGAGCGAAGGUUUUUUGGCGCCAUUCAGGAAAUCUAGAGGGGUCCCUAUAGGGGCUAGGGGUGAAAACAGCUUUUCAUUCAAAAAAAAACGUUUAUUCAUUUAGUUUUUUGCAUGGAAAUGCUGCUUCACAUAUAUCGUAAAAAUUAUCGACUAACAUGUCCCCUAUAGUGGCCACUAACUAAAACCCCUAUAGGGGCUACUCUUGCAAGCUUGAAAGGCUCUAUAGGGGUUGGUAAAGUGGUCUCUUGAGGGGACCCUCCAAGGGCUUUAGGGUUGUCACUAUAGAGACCACUCUGCAGAUCCUAAGCAAUUUGAAAAUUUUUCGCGCUUUGCUCUGAUUUCUAUGAUGAAGAGAUAUUCAGCAUCAAACUAUCAGGGAAUUUGCUAAGGAAUUUUAUAUUUUAUAAAUAAAGAUAAUCUUCUGACUUGGCGCUGAAACGCAUCGCAACCGCUUCGCACAGGAACUGCCGUUCUAAACCGAGAAGAAUAAAUUCUGAUGCGUUGAGGGAUGAAGAACUUUCUUAACUUACCGUACCUUGGGCUCUCAUACGGUAGCAUUUGGAAUGAAAGACUGUAUACUGUGUGGUCUCACCGACUGCUGAUUUGAUGCAACCGACUUUGCCUUGUUUUCGCUUUGAUUGAAAGCUUCUUCUUCUAUCAUUUCACUUCUGGGCGGUUUUUGCACUGAACUCAGACUUUUUUUCUUUGCCAGACCUGAUACGGUUUUCGUUUUUGAUCCAUACAGCUAGUUCUGUCAAGCUUACCAGCAAUUUUUCGGGAAAAGGCAGCAAAAACACCAGUUUCGUAAAGAAAAGAACGUGUUGCAGAUAAAAUUUGUCAUUUGGUGGCGGUUUUUAAAGCUAUUUUUGUAUAGAAAACUUGCUCACGGGUCAUUUUUUAAAAAUCAAAACAGAAUUUCAUUCUGCAGAUGAAUGACUCAUAUUCAAACAGGGGUUAUAUUUUCCUAGCUUUUUGUUUAAAGCAAUAUUUUUUUUCUAAUUAAUUCCCUACCUGCUCUAAAAUGAACAGUGCUUCUGAUUUUUUGAUUAAAGUUCGCCAGAAGUUCUUCGGACUUUAAAUAUGAACCUCAGUAGUUAACCUACUCUACUUUAAUUUGAAAAUUUCUAGAAAGUUUGAAUCAAAAAUUUACGUUCAAAGCCCUUUCCCGCAAAAAAAAAAGAUUCAAAAAGGAAGAUUCUGAUUUUUUGUUUUUCACCCGGAGUUGAUUAUUUUCAAGCUUCUAGAUCACUUCAAAUUGAAAAACGUUGCUCAAAAACCUAUGCAACAAAAAACAAUCCAAAGACAAAUGUUUCCAUUUUCGGUUCCUCAAUUGAACUUGAUUAGUUUCCAGAUUCUUGGAAAAAUCAAAAAAAAAAUUUUGAUCAAAACCCCGUCCUGCAAAGAACGAUUCAAAGAUAACAAUUCGCAUUGUCGGUUCCUUAACCGGACUUAACCAGUUUCGAAAUGGACAAGGCUUUCACCACAUCUGCUGACCUCAUUCCUCCUAGCGUCGACCGAAAAUCGAAAUCGACAAGAGAAAGGAAAAAAAAAUGGGAGAAAAGCGAAAGCGACGAACGGUUUUUCAAGCGGCCCCAUCGACGUUAAUUGCAGAGCCCCCUGCGGUCAUUCCGUCUUUUUUCUGGCCGGACCCCGAAGGAGAAGAAUUUUGACCCCGAUUCCCACCGCCAUAUGGCUUUUUUUUUAAUGAAGUUGACCAGCGAAACAAGAAGUUUGAAUUCAAGUUUUGAGCUUUUGAAAUGGCUUCAAAGUGAUGAAAAUUUUUUUUUUUAAGGGAUUCGUCCAGAAAAAGGCGUAGAUUUUUUAAAAAGAAAUAUGUAGAGCUUUCCCUCAAAUUUUCAAACAUGUACGAUCGCUAGAAAUGGAUAGCUGCUAUUUUUUGAGAAAAAUUGAAUAUUUUACAGCGAAAGAUCAACGUACAAAAAUUGUGUGAUUUAUUUUUUUACCGAGAAAGUUUAUUGGCCAAUCUUACAAAAACUACAUAUUGAUAAUAAGCUUUACGGAAAGAGAAAUUUUUGGCAGGAAAAACUCGAAAAAAAAAUUGUUUACGAAAACUGUAUAUGGAAUAACUUUUGAAAAAAAAAAAGAAAUCGUUUUUUGCCUUUCAAAACGCGUGUGAUCGCGUUGUGAAUUUUUUUUAAUCAAAAAUUUCAUAAAUGAUUUGAAUCUUUUUGAUUCCGAAAGUCAUGUUUUUCACUUUUCUUUUGAUUUUGCUUUAAAAUUCUCAAUUCCUGCGGCCGAAGUUAUGGCGCCCGCUCACGAUGUGCUGCAGGAUCCCAUGUGGUCUAGUGGUUAGGAUUCGUGGUUUUCACCCACGCGGCCCGGGUUCGAUUCCCGGCAUGGGAAGAAACUUUUUUUGCUUUUUUUAUAUUUAGCAUCAUUUGCAUUCAAAAAAAUAUUAUUAGAAAGUUUUUUUAUAGCGUUUUAAAUUGAUAUUCAAACUUUUUCAUGAAUAAUAAUAGUGUGGCAUGCUUUUUUACGCUUUUCUUAAAGUUUAUUUUUUUUUAUGAAGAAGAUUUUUCUAGUUUGACGAAAAGAUCUCAAAAUUACACGUCCAAAGGGGUCUUUGACCGGAGUUUUUUUUUUCGGCAAUUUUCUGUCGUUGGCUAGCCGUUUUUUGUUUGAUUUUCAAGUUUGAGGAACGUGUUCAAGCCGUAGAUCCUCGAAUCUUUACGCUCUCCAAAAGAAGAAAAAAAAAGAAAAGGCCGAUCUGUGGACUGUGAACAAAGGAAUUUCGGACCUCUAGCGAAUUCUUUGGGAAGCCAGAAGUUUUUUUUUUCGCAAAAGCGGCCUUCAUAUCUGAUGUUGUCCACCAUCUGAAUGAUGAAAUUGAUUUUUAGAGUGGACUAUAAAAAGUAUUAGAUAGACUAACAAGGUUCGAAGAAACUCUUUUAACGUAUUUUUUGUGUUUUUUUCUUAUUUCAAUUUAAUUUUUUUUACUUAUCUUGGAAGUUUUAUAAGGUACAUUCACAGUAUUUUACCGAAAAUCAUAAGCUUCUACUUUUCAGUAAUAGUAAAAAAAAAAGAUGAUUUUGUUAGAAUUGUGAGGAAAAGUUGCUUUUAAGCUUGUUUUUUUUUUCGACUUUUUUCAUCAUUUCCUUUUCUGUAGAGCGUUUCCUACUUGUAUAGUUGUUUUAGUAACACUUUAAGUAGACCUUCUGCGAUUUUUAUCUAGAAAUUCCAAUUUUCUACUCCCCAUGGAAAAUCAGAACAUCUUCUGUAAGCGUUUGAGUCGAAUCCCAAGCCAGAUAUUUAUUUUCAUUCUCUGCAGAACAGCCCAGCAACCUUUGCCCUGGUCGGAAAGGAAGAAGAAAAAAAAAUCGAAAGCCUUUGACCCCGCUGACCAAUCCAGCGUCCGACUCUCAUCUUCAAACAAAUCGUCGACCCCUCGGCGAAACCAUUUCGGAAAGCGUUUGAGGAGAAAAAAAAAGAGAAAGCAUCGGCGACGUUUUUUCUCCCGUCCGAUGCUCUCGGCGCCGGUCACUCGACGGACGCUGGCGCCCGUGCAGGUGUUGGAAGGAGACGACGCGGCGACGCUGGCGCCAGGCACCCGCGACUCGAGAGAAAGAGCGCGGCAUUGUGGGAGGCGGCAGACACUGGCCGUCGCCGCCGUGUGCUGGCCUGCGACUCACGCGAAGCCGGCGACUCGACUCCACUGGGUGCUGGCCCUCCGCUGCAGGACCACUUGCACUUUUUCCCAUUCCUCCACGCGAAAUGGACCGUCGACGAGUUUUGGGAAGGUUUUGGUUGGAAAAGGACAAAAGAGCAACUACAGGAUGACUCAUUCUAAGAUUUAAAAAUGAAAGUCAGCUGAUGGCACAUAUUUGACAAGAAGGAGUGGGAAAAAGCUUUCAUGGUUUUGAAUUUUUAUCGAAUUCCUCUAUGCUGGGAGUUUUCAAAUUGUUCAAAUCAUGACCAUUCCUUCACACGAAAUACACCGUAGAAAAUGUCUUGUGAGGUUAUUUGGUUAAAAAAAAGGUCAACAGAGCAAUCACAGGAUGACUCAUGGUAGCCCUCAAAUACCCUGAAGGCACCUCAGUGUUGAAAAAAGAAAAGAAAAAAAACUUUAAAAUUCAAAACUUUAAAUAUUGAUUGAUCAUUUGAUCUUGAUGGUCUUUUGAGUUGAAUUGGUUUUAAAAAUAAAUUUUAAACGCGACAAAUAUUUUAGUUUUUCACUCUUGGUCCAUUUCUUGUGAAUUACAUCGUAGUAAAGUUUUUGGGGAGAUUUGAAUAUUGAGAGCCAAAAGAGCAACUAAAGAAGGACUGCAGUAAAAAAAGCAGUAAAAAAUAGAGGCCGCUAGGAGGAACGUAUUCGAAAAAAGGAAUGUGAAAAUCGGGUUUUUCUUGAAUCUAAAGCUUGGAGUUUUAUGAUUUUUUAAAGAAGGACCAUUCUUUCACGCGAAUUACACCGUAUGCGAUUUUUUAAAACGAUAAUCACCGACAAAAAACGACCUCAGGAUGACUCAGAGCGUUUUUGACAAGAUUUUCAACGACCUGUUGAAGAAGUAUUUUUGAAAAGUAAAUCCAAACCUUUGGCGACUUUGCAAGAAGCUUUUGAUCAAAAAAGUUUAAAUAAAAGCAUUUUUGAAAAUAUUUUUUAAUUAGAGACAAAAUUUUUAUUUUCUAAUCCAAGAACUAUAGGCGCUUACAGAGACUUGAGACAGUCUGUCCUGCCUGCGCUCUCUCUUCUCUUACCGGCGGAAUCUUGGAAGCAUGAGCUUUGCCGUGGGAGAAGAGGGAGCAGAGAAGUCAGACUGUUUCAAGCUGUUGAAUGAAGUAGGCAUCUCACGAAGUUCAACUUUAAAACUUUCCGAGUUGGCCCCGAAAUUCCAAAAGAGAGCCUCUUUUUCAAAAAUUCUUCACUCAGCAAUCUUGAAUGCGAGCCUGUACUGACCCAAUUUUACUUUCCAAACUUGCUCACUCAGCCGUUUCGAAAAUCAAUAGGAGGGAAUUUCGUACAAAAGGCAAACUGAUAAAGGGAAACUGAACGAUGUGGCGUCUGAAGGCGGCGACGGAUGGCGCCACCGCGACGGCGGCCACGGCCUCACAAGCGCCGCCCUCGGCGUCGUCGUCCUUGGUACUGUCGGGCCCUUGCCAGACUCGAUAAGCACCUUGGUAUUUUGUCCGAGUUCACAAUCGCUGAAGCUUCUUUUUCUACAUUUCUGUGUUUCGAGCUUGGAAGAUCAUUUUGGUUAGGUCAAGAUCGACCUUCAAGAUAAUAUCGAUUGGGAAUAGGUUUUCCAACUUUUCUAACCUUCUUUUUUCAUAUUUUACAAUCACUGAAGCUUUGAGUUCUAUUUUUAUGGCGGCUUUCCGAAAUUUGAGCUUAAUUGAUUUUUGGACUUGAAAGUUUAUUUUUUUUUUAGGUCUGGAUUGACCUUUAAGAUCAAAUGAGGCAGAGUUUUUCAAUUUUCUCAAUCUCUGAAGCUUAACUUUCUAUAUCUUGGUCUACCUAGAUAGGUUGAGCUUGAAGCUUUAAAGUUGAAUUUGGACAGGUUUGGGUAGACUUUUAAAAUAAUACUGAUGAGCAGUAAGUUUUCCAGUUUUUCCGACCCCUGAAGCUUCAUUUUCCAUGUUUCUGUCGGCUUUCUGUGUUUCGAGAUUGAUGGAUCGAGUUUCGAUCUCCAGAGUGAAUCUCACUUGGGUCCGUUGUCUGAAGCAGUGA